GGAUCGCUGCCUUGUCGUGGCGAAGGGGCUUGCGUAGCGCUGUGAAGCUAUGAGCUAUGCCGUGCAGGGCCACUCAAGACGGACAGGUCAUAGUAGAGCGUUCUGACAAAAUGUGAUCCACUGGAGCAGGAAAUGGCAACCCACUCCAGUAUCUUUGCCAUGAAAACCCCAUGGACAGUACUAAAAGGCAAAACGAUAUGACACUGGAAGAUGAGCCCCUCAGGUCGGAAGGUGUCCAAUAUGCUACUGGGGAAGAGCAGAGGGCUAGUACUAGUAGCGCCAGAAAGAGUGAAGCGACUGGGCCAAAGCCGAAAGGACGCUCAGCUGUGGAUGCAGCUGGUGGUGAAAGGAAUGUCCGAUGCUGCAAAAAUUUUUACUCCAUAGGUACCUGGAAUAUAAGAUCCAUGAAUCAAGGCAAGCUGGACGUGGUCAAACAAGAGAUGACAAGACUGAACAUUGAUAUCUUAGGAAUAAGUGAACUAAAAUGGACAGGAAUGGGUGAAUUUAAGUCAGAUGACCACCAGAUAUACUACUGUGGGCAAGAAUCCCUUAGAAGAAUUGGCGUAGCCUUCAUAGUCAACAAAAGAGUAGGAAAAGCAGUACUAGGAUACAACCCCCAAAAUGACUGAAUGAUCUCGAUUCGAAUCCAAGGCAAACCAUUCAACAUCACAGUAAUCCAAGUGUAUGCCCCAACCACUGGUGCUGAAGAGGAUGAAGUUGACCAGUUCUAUGAAGCCCUACAACAACUUCUAGAAGUAACACCAAAAAAUGAUGUUCUUAUCAUCAUGGGGGAUUGGAACGCUAAAGUAGGAAGCCAAAAGAUAACUGGAAUAACAGGCAAGUUUGGCCUUGGAGUACAAAAUGAAGCAGGACAGAGGCUGGUAGAAUUCUGCCAAGAGAAUACAAUGGUCAUAGCAAACACGCUUUUCCAACAACCCAAGAGACGACUCUACACAUGGACAACACGAGACGGUCAACACAGGAAUCAGAUUGACUAUGUACUCUGCAGCCAAAGAUGGAGAAGCUCUAUACAGGCUGUAAAAACUAGACCAGGAGCUGACUGUGGCUCAGACCAUGAGCUUCUCGUUGCAAAAUUUAGGCUUAAAUUGAAGAAAGUAGGGAAAAGCACUAGGCCAGUCAGGUAUGAACUAAACCAUAUCCCUAUACAGUAG